UUUUUUUUUCAACCCUGCCUGUAGGUACCUAGUAGCCUCCACUCACCAUAUGCUAUAGGUAGGUAGGUAGGUUAGGAGGUACCUACCUCAAGGUGCCUGACCCAACCCACUAGGUACCUACCUAACCUAAGUACCCCGGCCCCUAACGUGGGUGUCUUUCAAGUAUCGAAGUUGAGGUAGGAGGUACCUAGGUAGGUACCCAAGGUAGCCUGUGGCUUAAUGCCUGAACCCAUUCCAACCGGCGCCUACCUAGAGCGAUAAAGCUCCCGCUAGGGAAAGCCUGGAUUGUCUGGUUUCCCUGGCUUCCCUGACCCGCCAGCCAUAAAUACAGCGCUCUGCUACACACCCAUCCUCUCCGACCCUCGCAUCCCCACUGGAACUAUUAGGCCGAGUACUGUUGCGACUACGACAGACAACACAUGACAACCAACGACAACUGCCUCGAGAUCUCUACAUUGGUUUUCAGCAUUUACCUAGAUCCGUAACAUGGCGUUCGCAGCCAGGGUCCCGGUUCCGAUGCUGGAUGUAUUCAUCCUUACAUUCAACGCUGCCAAGAAUGAGAUCAACGUCCCCGUCUUUGCUCGCCGUUUAUACAAGGCCUUUGGGGAGAGCGCGUCGACCCUGCCGGAGCUAAUCGUCAUCUCCCUCCAGGAGAUGGCACCGCUGGCUACGGCCUUCGUUGGCUCCACGCUCAUCGAGCCCUAUUUCCAGAAAUACAUAUCGGCCGUCAACAGCGCGACCGCCAGGUUUGCCGUGCAGAGGGAACGUCGGCGUCCUCCUACAGAGGACCUAUACACGCUGGUAGGCUUGCGUAAUGUCGGUAUGACGGGCAUUAUGCUCUUUGCCCGUAAACCCGCCACCCUGCGAAACCUGAGGACGGCCGAGGUCGGGUUCGGCCCGGGCGAGAUGGCCAAUAAGGGAGCAGUCGGCCUCCGCGUUCUCUACAGCAGAACGAGCAUGGACGGCACCGCGGGAGAAACCGAGCUUACCUUCGUCGCCACCCAUCUCUCUGCGAUGGAGCCUAACCUCGAGAAGAGAAACAGGAAUUGGGAGACCAUCGUCUCCGGCCUUGUGUUCGAGGAGGCUGAGGAGUUAGCACCACUUCAAUGUCCCCGGCCGAACGAUCAGGUACAAGAAUCGACCUUGGGAGCGGUGCGAAACGGGUCCAUCUACAAGCCGGGCACCCAUCUGUUCGUCGCCGGUGACCUAAACUACCGUAUUUCUAGGAUAGCUCCUCAAACGGGAUCUUCUUUCCCCAAUAACUAUCCCGGGAGCCCCAAUUACUUCAUGCACUUUAUCGUCCGCGACCAACUGACUGCGGAGAAGGCUGCCGGCCGCACGCUGCACGGGCUAAGCGAAGCGCCGGUCCACUUUCCGCCAACAUACAAGCUCCUACACACGCCAUUGGAGAGGGAACCCGGAGAUCAAGACCCCGACUCGGACGAAGUCGAGUGGUCUUAUGCUUCCCAUCGAUGGCCUAGCUGGUGUGACCGCGUGCUAUUCCUUGACGUGCCUUGGUGGGCCCGGGCCAAGGCUGGCAUCGGCCAGAUGAAGGUAACGGCCUACAACGCGACCCCCGCCGUUCGGUCGAGCGACCACAAACCAGUGUUCUUGCGUCUGGACGUGCCCAUCAUCGCGCCUGCUGACCUCGCGCCGACUCAGGCGGCCUACGAGUCGGCGCAGCGCCCGCUGCCGGGCCAGCUCUUGGAUCCGCGCAUCAAGCUGCCAUUCCCCGUCAGCGCCCGGUUUCGGCAGCACCGGCCCUCGGUCCGAAGAUGGGAAUCCACCAUAGGCUGGUCGAUACUCCUGACGCAGUCGAACUACAACGCCGUCGUGUUGUUCACCGUGCUCCUCGUCGGCCUCACCGCCUGGUGGUUCCGACGGUCGGAGUAGACCUGGGUACCGCGGCGACUUCGGCAGUGGACGACGGGUCUCCUGGGGUUUCUGCCCGGGCUCGGCUGGGCGAGGGCUUGGGCGAGGGCUUGACGUGGCUGAGCUGGCUGACCGACCGCGCGCGCACCAUGGAUAUGUGCUAUCCCGAGCCGAGCAUAUAUAGGUCUGGUAUAAUAGGGUCUUGGUAGGGGGGGUUGAUUUUCUUUCCUUUCCCCAGAUGAAACCCCCCCCCCCCCCCAAAAAAAAAGCUUAGCACCACCCUAGCAAUAAGUCAUGAGUUAUUCUGAAGGGAGGAGACGGCGAUUCCCUCUUCUCUUUUUUUUUUUCCUUCCUCCUUUUCCUUUCUUUUCUUUUAGACUGGGUACACGGGCUUCCUCCACGGCGAUCUCGCGGUCGCGCGGUAGGAGAUAGACAGCCCAGCUUGGGCGUACACGGGUUUGCCGGGCGAGCUUAGGGAGGAAGGCGGGGCGAGCGGAUAUGUCGAGCGACGGCUAUAUCCCCUUUGUUUUCACCGAGGACUAGAGGCGUAGUAGGCAAUAUCGAAUAGCGUCGGCGGCCACGCAGAAGGGGGGGCACAAGCGGAGAGGAGACAGCGAAAGAAAGGUAGUGGCCAGUUCCGAGGUCCCAUAGAAGUAUACGGAAUACGAAUACACAUCAUCGUCCCCCUUAAUUCGGACGACGGGAGUCGCACAGCUAUUAACUAAAGCA